CUGUUGACUACUAGUACUGUCAUUCUUACUGCAAUGACACUUCAUCCAGCGUUGAAGACGUGUCUUCUACACCCACGAAGGAAACAACCAAGGAGAAGGAAGAGGAAAACGCAGACACAGACACGAUCAGCGGCAAGCAUUUCCAUAUCAGGCCAUGACGCCAUGUCGUCGGUGAUUCUCCCGGAGAAUUCAAAUGUAAUAAUGGAUAAUGGAUGAUUCAAAAAGAAAAGGUCAUCAAUGUUUCAUGAAGCGGUGAGUCCAGUCGCCCAGGGAGAAAAUACUUGUGUCUUCGGGUUCUUCUUUCUUCCUUUCGUGUUGUCCUGCCUCUCCUUGACCGGCACGUUCACUUGUUACGGCCAGCAUGUCGAAAUCAUCCAGCUACGCCACGCGAAAAUGGUGGAAAGAAUCCGUCAUUUACCAGAUCUAUCCAUCUUCGUUUCAAGACACCACUGGGAAUGGCUGGGGUGAUGUCAAGGGCAUCACAGCCCGAGUCGACUACCUGAAACAGCUCGGCAUCGACGUCGUCUGGACAUCACCCAUCUACAAAUCUCCACAAGCCGACAUGGGCUAUGACAUUGCCGACUACAAAGUGAUCGACCCCAUCUAUGGCUCAGUCGACGACGUGGACAACUUGGUCUCCGAGCUGAAGAAGCGCGAUAUGAAACUGAUGAUGGACCUGGUGGUCAACCAUACGUCCAACGAGCAUGAAUGGUUCCUCGAGAGCCGAUCAUCCAAGACCAAUCCCAAGCGACACUGGUAUAUCUGGAAACCGCCCAAGUCUGUCAGCGACGCAGGCGUCCCCGAACCGCCGACCAACUGGGCUCAGAUCCUUGGAGAGGCAAAUUCGGCUUGGACAUACGACAACCAAACAGGGGAGUAUUAUCUGUCUGUCUUCACGCCCGAACAGCCCGACCUGAAUUGGGAGAAUCCCGAGGUUCGUGAGGCGGUCUGGGAUGUGAUGCGGUUCUGGCUGGACCGUGGAGUCGCAGGCUUUAGAAUGGACGUGAUCAACAUGAUCUCCAAAGUCCCAACCUAUCCUGAUGCACCAGUCGUACUGGACCCGGCCAGCCACCGGUACCAGCCAGGCACGCAGUUUUUUGUGAACGGUCCCAAGCUCCACGACUAUCUUCAGGAAAUGCACCGUGAAGUGCUCUCCAAAUACGACACCAUCACAGUCGGCGAAAUGCCCGGCGUCUCCGACGAGAACGAGAUUUUGCGCACCGUCGGUGCCAACGCCGGCGAGUUGAACAUGAUCUUCAUCUUCGAUCUCGUCGACAUUGACAAGCCCAACGUGCGCAUGGCCCUGAAGCCAUGGGACGUCAAGGAGAUGAAAUCCAUCAUCUCGCGCUGGCAGCGCUGCAUGAUCGAGCGCGAUGGCUGGAACAGCGUGUUCAUCGAGAACCACGACAAUCCGCGCAGCGUGACCCGGUAUGCCGACGACAGUGACGAAUGGCGCGACAAGAGCGCCAAGCUCCUCGCGCUGAUGCAGACCACUCUCGGCGGGACACUGUUCGUGUACCAGGGCGAAGAAAUCGGCAUGCGCAACGCCCCGACGGAAUGGAGCAUCGAGGAAGAAUACAAAGACAUCGAGACCAUCAAUUACUGGAAGAAGUGCAAGCAGAUAUACAAGGACAACCCCAAACAGCUCGAACACGGGAGGAAGAUCAUCCAUAUGAAAGCCAGAGACCACGCGCGCACCCCGAUGCAGUGGAACAAUCAGGAAAAUGCGGGCUUCUGCCCACCUGGCGUCAAGCCCUGGAUGCGCGUGAUGGAUGACUACAAGCAAGGCAUCAACGCUGAAGACCAGAUGAAGUUUGAAUCCGACAACGAACUGUCAACAUGGCAAUUCUGGCAGCGAGGCAUCCAGAACCGCAAGAAGCAUGCUGAUGUCUUUGUGUACGGCGACUACCAGGAGAUCUCUCCCGAAGACCCCACCAUACUUGCAUAUGGUCGGACAAGCCAGUCUGGUGAGAGAUGGCUGGUAGUGCUGAACUUCUCAGGGAAGGACGUUGAAUGGGCCUUGCCUGAAUCCCUCAAGGUGGAAUUCUGGGCUUGUAGUACCUAUAUCAAGGAUCAGCCUGAUAAGCCGCAAAAGGGGAAGAUCCCAUUGAAGCCUUGGGAGGGACUUUUGGCGAAAUGCAAAAUAGAAUAGACGUUUAAGAUUUACAGCUUGUGGCGAUUGCCACUCGGGUCAGAGGGGGAUUCACACCUACACCCAGGGCUACAUUACCAGAUUUAGAUUCCCAGAUAGGUGCCAGACAAUUCCUAGACUGCCAGGCAGCGCCGAUAGGAGCUUUCCUUUCCCAUAGACCGACACAGAAAAGAG